CCCCGCCCGCCUUCUCCAGCCACCGCCUUCCACAGGCCGUUUCCACCAAGGAAAAGGAAUCGUAUCGUAUGUCCGCUCUCCAGAACCUCCACUCUUUCGACCCCUUUGCUGAUGCAAGUAAGGGUGAUGAUCUGCUUCCUGCUGGCACUGAGGAUUAUAUCCAUGUAAGAAUUCCACAGAGAAACGGUAGGAAGACCCUUACUACUGUCCAAGGGAUCGCUGGUGAUUACGAUAAAAAGAAACUAGUGAAGGUGUUUAAGAAGAAAUUUGCCUGCAAUGGUACUGUAAUUGAGCAUCCAGAAUAUGGAGAAGUAAUUCAGCUACAGGGUGACCAGCGCAAGAACAUAUGCCAGUUCCUCGUGGAGACUGGACUGGCUAAGGACGACCAGCUGAAGGUUCAUGGGUUUUAAGUGCUUUUGGCUCACUGAAGCUUAAGUGAGGAUUUCCUUGCAAUGAGUAGAAUUUCCCUUCUGUCCCUUGUCACAAGUUUAAAAACCUCACAGCUUGUAUCAUGUAACCAUUUGGGGUCUGCUUUUAACUUGGACUAGUGUAACUCCUUCAUGCAAUAAACUGAAAAGAGCCAAAAAAAAAAAAAAAAAAGAAUUAUUGGGCCGGGUGAGGGUCAUCUUUUCUCUUUAAAUUAUCGUCUAGGCACUUCUUAAUAGUUGAAUAGUUCAGGUGCAUUCCAGUAAACGAAGUGCCAGUGCAAUGUGUUUAGAAGAGGUACUGAAGUUUUUUUUGUGUCAAAGACUGUCACUUUUUAUUGUGAGUUUUUUUAAGGACACAUAAUGGGGUACCAGUCGCUUGCUGCAGUCUGGCCUUUUGGCACACACCCACUAUGGACUUUUGCCUCUUCUAGAAUAGUUUGGCGAUGACAUUUAGAAUUUAUCAUCUGAAAUUUCGUUUAAUGAAUUGAGAUUGUCUUACUCAUUGGGGACGGGGGAUAAAGUUUAAGAUACCCAUUAGAGAUGUGGGCCACCCCUACUUUCUCCUCCACAGAACUCAUCAGUAACAAAGCCUUGAUGAUGUACAUUGUUCAGACUUUUGGUUGAAGUAUAAUACUUGCCUCCUAGGUUCCCAGCCAGUAGGUCUUGUGAAGAGCCUAAUGUUGUGAGGAUGCUGGUGUGUGUAUAGGCACAGACGUGAGUAUGUAAAUAAGUGCUCCUUCUCUCUAGUACAUUUGCUUGUGGGGUAGAAAGUGGUUUUGAGAAACACUGGUUUCCAUGCAGCAGAGACAAGCAUCUACAAGAAGGUUGAACGCUAAACUCCUCAUAGGAGAGAAGAAAGUACUUUGCCAACUUAGCACGUGGAGACGUGUGAAUGAAAAUCUGGUGUUUGAUGUGAGUUUGAGCAUUUCUUUGGUAUUUUUACUCUGGGUCUUUGAAGUAUUAUGGUAGAUUUUUAGAACACAGAUGUUUUAUUACAUGUAAAAAUCUUCACACAGUAUCAUCUUACACAACUGUAUUAUUUUGCAAACUCAUACUGAAGAAUCAUGAGCUUUUAAAAAACAAAACUUUUAAAAGAUCUGCAUUGUUUUGAGGUGAAUGCAUGGAGGGCUCUCCCGGUCACUGUGAUGUGUAUUUAGUAAGAAGAAGGCCUAGGUCUUGUCCAAAACGACCUUGCUAGUGAUUCUGGUGAAUCUUGCUGUUAUUAUAGUCUUUAAACGUUGCAGGUACCUAAGAUGAAAUUCCUGUGGCAUGGUGAUGGUGGAAACUGUUCCUUUAAAACCACUUCCUGCAUGCUUGGUUUCAGCCACCGGCCCUGGGUUUCAACCACCAGCCGUGGGUUUCAACCACUGGCCCAGGUGUUCCAUUCCUGUUGCAGCUGACAAUCUUAGGAAGAGGCCGUGGGGAGUAGCUCAGGUCCACACUGACGGAUUGCCUUAGAAACCCGACCCCUGACUCUCUCCUUUAGAGAACAGACUUACAUUUACUGUGCUUACUACUGCAAACUCCAGAUGCAAAUCUGCAAGAACCUAGAGGGCAGUAUCGGCCAAUUUUUUCCCCUUUUUAAGUAGAGGACAAAUGAACAAGAUUUUUAAAGUACUUUUAAGGUGCAUGAACAAUGAUUGAGUCAAUAUAAAGUAAUUGUGAAUCCCCUUCCUGUGUCCAGGUCAUUAGUUGGUUAGGGUUUCUUUUCUUUCUUUCUCUUUAGGGGUAACGAUUAUCUUUUCAGCCUACAAAACUUUUUAAGUUGUAACAAUUUGGUGUCCUACUUUUUCCUUCUCAAUCUAGGAACUAAUGUGAUCAUGUUCUCAUUUCUUUGGACAACUCAUGAGACAUAGAGGUAAUUUAAAAUUACCUUUCAUGUUGAAAAGUUUGAAACUGAGAAUCCAGUGAUAUUUAAAAUUUAGAAUAAAAUAAUUGCUUCAUAAGACUCUUUUUAAAAUUUGGGUUUUAAGAUCUUAAUUAAAACAAUUUGCCAUAAACAUGUUUUCUGUGUUACUUUUAUUAAAGUAGUAAUAGAAUAUUGAGUAAUACCUGAAUACCUCUGCUGGACCUAGGUGAAUGAGAACGAAGUAGAAAUCUGUCCUUUUUCUUUCUUUGAAAACCUGAAAGAUCACUCUUCUUUAGGAGGUGUCGAAAUGCUUGUACUCCCCCACUGCCAGGAAAUUUCCAAGCACAUAUACAUAUUUUUUUGAGUUUACUAAAAGUAAAAUAGGGUCUAGUUUAUCCGAAUUGCUCAUAAUAUAGUAAGCACACAUUUGUGGUGCUUCUUAUGAAGUAGUUUUGUCAUUGAUUCAUCAGAUGUAACUAGUAACCUGAAAUGUGUGUAUACUGGGUCACACAAACUAAACUCGGCCAACUAAAUUGCACAAAAGAAAGGUGGCUUUCGAGUUCUAAGGCUGUGCCGGGCAUAAACUUUAUCAACAGAAUGUUAGUACUUGAUAAUCAGGGUGUUCAAACGUAUUAUUGGUAAAGAGGGAGAGGGGCCAAGCAUAUGUUAGAAGUAAAAACACCUUUUCUUGUCAACUGCUUCAGUGAAAAAAAAAUAGUGGGUAGUUUUACAUUUCAGUGGACUAGAUAAAAAAUGGUGCUAUAUUUAUACAGUCUGAUUCUGUGGUUGUUUUGGGAUCAAACUGCCAAUGUCUGACUCCUAAGGUCCUUCCUGUAUAGUCUUAUGAGCAUUUAAAUAAUGUUUAAAAAAUGAUCCUAGAAGUGUAAUCUUGUAUUUGAAAUGGAUUUUGUACAGUAGGAUGAAUAGGGAGCUCUUCCAUGUAAGUGUGUGCUUAAUACCAAAUUCUGUGCAAGGGUGAUGUCUAGGUUUGGGGCCCAGACUUGCUCCCUUCCAGCUCUAGUAUGAGAAGGGGCAGAGCUGCUCCUUUAUUAUUUAUUUCCAUUUUGAAAGUCAGGACACCUGAGUGAAGACACUAGAGGCCUCGUUUUAGAUUUCUUUUAUAAUGGGCAAUGCUGUGUUUGAGAUCAGUCUCCCUGUGUUGCUGCUGUAUAUUUAUUUUGAGCACUGCACUCAUGUUAACAUUCUGAAGGAACAAAGGCCGGGCUCUUAUAAUCACAAGGCUCAGGCAGUGGGGAUUCGGGGCUGUGUUUUCUACAAACUGUGUAUUGCUUUUAGCUUGUAUUUAAUAUUGCAGUUACUUGGA